AUGGCUUUAGGAGUCCUAGAUAGAGAAAGAAAAAAUUGUUCGUUCAAUGCAGAAGAAUUCAAACCUCUUCUUUUUCAUCAUCUUUAUCCUGGAAUUGCAGAGUCCCGUAGAGAUUAUUUAAAAAAAAUAUUAUGACUGAUUCUAGAAAUUGUAUGAUUUAAUGCUGGCAGCGAUUAGUUUAUUUUAGGUAAAAUUGAUAAUUAUUUUUUAGAAUAAAUAAUAUAUUGCAUGAAUAGGGAUAUAUUUGCUUAUAUUAAACUGAUUACUUUGAAUUAAUUCAGAAUUUAUUUUUAUGAAAAACAGCGCAAAAAUAUGGCAAGCAGCUUUAAAUUCAUUUGUUCACAACUUAGAGCAAGAGCCAGAUCUAUAUCCCUCUCUUACUCGAUACACAGAAGAAAAGCCAGCAAGAUUCAACAAUAUGUACAAAUACGGUCGAAAAACCCAAGAUCUUUUUAACAGAACUGAACUGAAUGAUGCAGAGAAACAUUAUAUACUAACCCCGGUUCUUGAACAAAACUAUUUAAAAUUCAUAAUAUUUGAGGUAAUUAAGACCUAUGUGAGAGAGUAGAAAAUGCUAUUGAUAUAAAAAUUUUUAAAGUAUUUGGCACGCAAUUAAUGAUUAUUAUAGUAAAUCGGGAGCCAAUUCUAUUAAUUUUAGACAGCUUUCAUUAUCAAAUAAAUUUUUUCUCUAAUUAAAUCAAAAUUUUAUUUCAUAUUAUUGGAAUUAUUUAGCAAGACGAUUUUUAAUCCCUCACAUAAAGAGAGUAAGCAAAUAUAAUGAGCAAAAUCCUUUCAUGAUGCAUUAUCAUAUGUUUAUUCCUGCAUUAAAACUGCUCGCCAGUCAACAGCAAAAAAACAAAAUAUUACCUUUAGCUGAAAAAUUGCAGUUUAUAGGCUGCUAUGCACAAACAGAGCUUGGGCAUGGCCCUUAUAACAGGGUUAUAGAGACUACUGCAGAAUUUGACCAGCAGUCACAAGAAUUUAUUCUCAAUACACCUACACAGCGCUCUUAUAAGUGGUGGGGAGCAGGAAUGGGCUUAACUGCAACCCAUACUAUUAUAAUAGCAAGGCUAAUUCUCAAUAAAAAGGACUUAGGGAUUCAUUCAUUUUUUGUGCCUAUUCGGUCUAUUGCUACUCAUGAGCCAUUACCAGGCGUUUUUGUAAAGGAUUUAGGCCCAAAAAUAGGAAAUACAGUCAAUGACUUUGGAUUUUUGAAGCUAAAUAAUGUUAGAAUUCCAAGGCAAAAUCUACUGUCCCGGUAUUCAGAAGUAAGUGAGACAGGAGAUUACCAUGGGAUCGAGCCAAAGGACCAUAAAAUGAUUUUUAAAUUUUUAGUAGGGAGAAGAAUAAUUAUAUCUAGAGAAUGCAUUUUGCCCUUGAUUAUGGGGCUCACUAUUGCUAUCAGAUAUUCAUGUGUAAGGAAGCAAUUCAGAACUUAUGCAAAUGAUCCAACACGAGAGAGGCCACUAAUUGAAUAUCAAAUGCAGCAAGUCAAACUAUUCUCGCUAUUAGCUGAAGCAUAUGCAAUGCUUUUUGCAAGCACUCAGCUACUUUCUAUAUAUCAAAGCUCAACUGAUAACGAAUUAUUUGAAAUUAAUGCUUUAUCAAUGAGCUACAAAGCCUAUUUCACUGAAGUUGUAGCAAGCGGUAUUGAAACUUGUAGGCAAGCUUGUGGGGGUCAUGGAUUUUCUAAUUUUUCAGGACUUCCUUUCUUAUAUAGCCCACCUACUCUAAUAGAUUGGGCCUCAAUCCUGGACGGCCAUAAGCCUAAGAAACCCUUCGAUAAAUUGAUGGGACGAUUCCCUAUGACUGGGGAGGGGUUGGGUUGAAAUAUAGGCUGACGCCAAAAAGGGGAUAGGGCAAAUGGCAAAGUCAGGGAGGAAAUAGCCAAUAUGUGAGAGAAGUGUACAAAGGCUCCCUUUAUCGUGGUUCCCAACUGCUUGAGAGAGAGAAAUCUGAAUGAGUCUUACCUCUUGAGUCUCUGAAUUUUGUUGUGUUCGAUCCAUUUUUAUUUAAUCUACCGAGCCAAAUCAAUCUGACAACCAAAUAAAAAAAGUGAAAAUGGAAGUGGAUGAACCUCAAACACACACAAAUAUAACUGUGCAUCAAACAGACUUAAUGGCUCCUUUUAACUUUGAUAAGUUUCUUUACGUUAAGACCUGCACUAUAAAUUCAAAAGAGUAUAACAAUCCUCCUGCUCAAAGCUCAUCUGAAAUUUGGGAGCCAAGCUCAAUGCAAAGUGAAAAUGUUAGCAGUCCUGAAUUUCUUCAUCAAAUACAAAGAAAGAUUGAGUCCCUAAUCGAUUUUGAUUACGCUGACCAUGCAGAUAGAGUCCUGAGCCAUGAAAGAGCCUAUCAAAAUAAUUUGGCUAUGAAUGUCGAUGAAGUUGCUAUUAAAAAAAUCAAAAAGCACAAAGGAAAUUUUAAAAUCAAGCUUAAAAUGAGAAUCAUUGAAUUCUACGAUUCUCAUCCAGAUGCCAAAUAUGUCGAUAUUUGGGAAAAUAUUUGUGGUGUCCCCAUGCACAGUAAAAAGAAUAAUCACAAAGCAUAGAGAAGGAAACCCUAUUGAAGACAGAAGAAGCAAUAGGCCUCUGAGGCUAAGCAACACAGCAUCGCAGGCUUUGACAGAGGCUUGCUUAAAUGGUAAUCCAACCAUUUCAAUACCUGAGAGAGUUUAAAAAGCUGAAUAGACAAUUACUAGAUGAAAAAGUGACUUGCAAUCAAGCGUAUAAAUGCAUGAAGAAGCUUGGCUAUACAUUCAAAAAAUGCUGGGAGCAUAUAAUGAGUGCCAUUAGACUUAUAGAUUUAGGCGAUUAAUUAAUAGGGCGAAUUUUUUUAUAAAAUGGCAAAAUCUAAUCUCAGCCUCCCUCAUUCAAUUAGGUUCAAACACUUUGCAUAUUGCAGCCACCUGAGAGUGAUGUGCAAAAACAGUGCUUGCUCCGCUCCAGCACUUCUAGCAAUUUUCCUCAGUACGAUUUUUCCAAUAAACUAGGGCAUUUUUUUCAAGGUUUUUGAUUUCCCCCAGAACUUGCAGCAGUGUGAUUAAACUGAGCACUUCACAUAUUGUAGGUACUUGCAGCAGUGUGAUUAAACUGAGCACUUCACAUAUUGUAGGUACUUGAGAGUGAUGUGCAAAAACAGCGCUUGUUCCGCUUCAGCACUUCUAGCAAUUUUUCUCAGUACGAUUUUUCCGAAAAAAGGGCAUUUUUACCAAGGUUUUUGACUUUUCCCAGAACUUGCAGCAAUGUGGUUAAACUGAGCACUUCACAUUUUGUAGUCACUUGAGAGUGAUGUGCAAAAACAGCGUUUGUUUUGCUCUAACACUACCAGCAAUUUUUCUCAGCACGAUUUUUCCGAAAAAAGGGCAUUUUUGCCAAGUUUUUGACUUUUCCCAGAACUUGCAGAAGUGUGAUUAAACUGAGCACUUCACAUAUUGUAGAAACUUGAGAGUGAUGUGCAAAAACAGCGUCUGUUUUACUCUAGCCCUUCUAGCAAUUUUUCUCAGCACGAUUUUUCCGAAAAAAAUAGGUAUCAAUAUACAUUUUAAUAAAAAUUGAAAAUAAAAUUUUGUCUUGUGUGCAGGAGCAAUAAUUCCCAGUGACAAAAAUUGCCCAAAGUGCUGAUGGACAAUCGAAAUAAGAAAUAAUCAUUUUUCUCAUUAUAUUUGUGUGUGUUUGAGGUUCAUCCACUUCCAUUUUCACUUUUUAUUUGGUUUGUCAGAUUGAUUUGGCUCGGUAGAUUAAAUAAAAAUGGAUCGAACACAACAAAAUUCAGAGACUCAAGAGGUAAGACUCAUUCAGAUUUCUCUCUCUCAAGCAGUUGGGAACCACGAUAAAGGGAGCCUUUGUACACUUCUCUCACAUAUUGGCUAUUUCCUCCCUGACUUUGCCAUUUGCCCUAUCCCCUUUUUGGCGUCAGCCUAUAUUUCAACCCAACCCCUCCCCAGUCAUAGGGAAUCGUCCCAUCAAUUUAUCGAAGGGUUUCUUAGGCUUAUGGCCGUCCAGGAUUGAGGCCCAAUCUAUUAGAGUAGGUGGGCUAUACACCACAAGCGUGAUUUCAAAAUCGUUUGAAGGAGAAAAUGCAGUUUUACUCGCAAAUUCUGCCAAAAUAUUAGUCCACCUUAUGGAAAGAAAAGAAAAUUCAGAAUUCACACAAAUAGCUAAUGAAAAAAUUGCUAGUAUUUUAAUUGAUGAUAAUAUUGGAACUCCUCAGUUCCAUUCAGCUUGUCUCAAAGCAAUAUUAAACUUAUCAGCAAAAGAAGUCCAGAAAAAGCUGAAAGAGCUUAAGAACAAUAAUGAAAAAGAUAUUGAAAAUAAAAAAUUACAAAUUGCAGCUAUAAAUUUGGUUAAAUAUUUUGGGAAUUACCAUAUGCAUGAAGCAUUUGCUAUGUGAAUUGAAACAUUUCCAACCCAAUUCAGACCUGCACUUGAUGCUUUAAGACAGAUUUUUGCAUUAAGCAGAAUCCUCAAAUCAAUGUGACUGCUAUUGAAAAAUCAAGUAAUCAGCCAAGAAACGAUUGAAAAUAUGAGAAAAAUGAGAGAAACCGCCAUGAGAAGGCUCAGAAAUGACGCAAUUGGACUUAUUGAAGCUUUUGACAUCGAAGAAAGCGUCCUUCUGUCAGUUUUAGGCCGAAAAGAUGGCGAAGUCUACGAAACCCUCUACAAGUUAUCAAAAGACAUGAACCCUAUCAACACCCAGCCAAUCUUCCCAGGAAUCAAGCAGCUUAUCAAGCCCCUCUCCAAGCUUUAA